CGUCUCACCGCUCACUUAACUGCUACCUAAGUCGGGCCUCACUCCCGGUUAGUCACUUCUCCUUCGGCAACCUUCGCCGGUGCUGAAACUUCAACAAGUCUCGUCUUCUCCGUUCCAGCGUUUCAUUUUCAGUUAUUAUUACGCAUCGACGCUGCUGCUCCUCCCUCUUCUACGGUGCAAGACAGGAAUUUCAACCUAUAAAUUGAAGAUACCUCAUGGGGCGUAAUUCCUCCGAUUAUUCAGAAUCACCUGUUAGGAAUCACAGGUCUUCUCGUAGGAGCCCUUCCAGAAGAGAAAGAUCUCCUGCCCAGCACAGGAGUUCAUACUCCGCAAGAUCACCAGGUAGAGAAAAGCCUUCAAGUCGCACAAAGUCCCCAAGACGUGCAAAGUCUCCUAUUACUCAUUCACCAGUGAGAGAGAAACCGUCAACCCACAGCAGGUCCUCCAAGCAUACAAGGUCAAGGUCCCCAUUGGAUCGUUUGCCUGUAAAAGAGGCACCUUCAAGUCGAACUAGAUCUCCUGUACAACCAAGCACAAAAUCUCCCGGAUCUCGAUCACCAUCACCAAGAAGUAAGAGGUUAAGGAGAGAUCGAUCUAACCACAAGGAUGAUAAAUCAAAUGAAAAAGGACAUGACAAAAAUCAUGGAAAAACUAGGUCGCCGGCACGCCCAAACUCGAGAUCCCCUGAAUCUCGAUCGCCUUCACCACGAACUAGAAGGUUGAGGAGAGCCGAAGCUGAUAAAACAAGUGACAGAGGGCAUGAAAGGAAUCAUAAUAGUGGAGGUGACAGGGCUCGACGGAAAGAAAGAGACCCCGAAAGGGAAGUACCCAUCGAGAGAAGGGAUAGGAAGUCAGGAAGGGACACAGAAGACAAUGGGUCUUCCAAGUCCAGACAUGUCUCGUCAAUUUCACACGCAGAACAUCACAGGAGUAGGCACCGAUCUCACUCGCCUUCGGCUGCAACAGGAGCACGUGAUGAGGGAAAUAACUCAAAAGAAGACGAUCAUCGGAAUGGUGAUGAUGAUUCAGUAGCACGAAUGAAGGCAGCUGAAGAGGCUCUUGAAACUAAGGAAAAGCAAAAGCCCUCGUUUGAGUUGUCUGGAAAGCUUGCUGCUGAGACCAAUCGGGUGAAAGGUGUGACACUGUUGUUCACGGAGCCACCAGAUGCAAGGAAACCAGAAAUAAGAUGGAGACUUUAUGUUUUCAAGGGUGGUGAAGUGCUUAAUGAGCCACUUUAUGUGCAUCGUCAAACCUGCUAUCUAUUUGGGAGAGAGAGACGAGUAGCAGACAUCCCUACAGAUCAUCCAUCAUGUAGCAAACAGCAUGCGGUUCUACAGUACCGGCAAGUUGAGAAGGAGCAACCUGAUGGCAUGUUAAAGAAGGAAAUAAGGCCUUACAUAAUGGAUCUUGGAAGCACAAAUGGGACUUUCAUAAAUGAUAAUCGUAUUGACCCUGAACGUUAUUAUGAACUUAUGGAGAAAGACACUAUUAAGUUUGGGAAUAGUAGCCGAGAAUAUGUCCUCCUGCACGAGAAUUCCGCUUGAUGGGAAAAAAUUGGAAGAUUUUCUUGAGCUAGUCUUGUUUAUGUAUGGAGUUUGUUGAUUGAUCUAUCAAAUUUUCUUUUUUAUGAAUCAGAAGAGGGCUGGCUGGCUGGCUUGCAUGCUGCCUGCUUGCUUGAUUGAUACUUGUUUAGAUGGUAUUUUGGUAAUUUCAAAUUGUCCAUACAGUUCUUAGGGAUACAAGGGAAGUGGACAUUCUUGCAGGUAAUUGUUCUU